AAUCACACCAUCAGCCUCCCUCUUUCUGCAUAUGGACCACCCUCUACUGUUCUCCUAGUGGAGAGUGUUUGCUUGUGCCACAGCUGUAUGCAGGCCUUCAUUCUUAAUGAGAGCAAAGACAGAGGGAGACUGAGAGUGAGAGGAGGAGAAUGGAAAGCAUGAAGCUGCAAAAGAAACACAACUGAGACACCAAGCUGGGUCUUACCUGCACCUCCUGGACCGCUGCCUCAACUCACUGACACAGAUCUUUAGCUUGUUUUGUGAUAAAGAGAGGAGGAACCAUGAGGCCUGGAACAUGGAGCCUAUUUAUUCUGUUUUGUCUGUCCUUCUGGGACAACAGCGAAGCCCUCACCAAGAACCCCAUCCUCUCCCGGAUACGUAGAGCUCCAGAGGCCAGCGGAGAAGGCAAAAAAUGCUCCUACACCUUCCUGGUCCCUGAGCAAAAGAUCACAGGACCCAUCUGUGCCGCCCGCGGUUAUUCCACCGACAAAGACCGAGUGACACGCCUAGAUGUGGCUUCGGUGCGUGACCUCCUGUCAAAGCAGCGUCGGGAGAUGGAGACUUUGAAGCUGGUGGUGGAUGUGGAUGGCAACUUGGUGAAUGAGAUGAAGCUGCUCAGGAAAGAGAGUAGGAACAUGAACUCCAGAGUGACCCAGCUCUACAUGCAGCUGCUGCACGAGAUCAUCAGGAAGAGGGACAACUCACUGGAGCUGGCACAGCUGGAGACACGCAUCCUCAAUGCCACCUCUGAGUCUCUGCGCUUGGCCUCCAGGUACAGGGAACUGGAGGCCAAAUACUCAGCCCUGUCUGCAGUAGUCAACAACCAGUCAGUGUUGAUUGGGGCACUAGAGGAGCGUUGUAUGCAGGUCUACAGCCGGAGGCAUGAGCAGUCACCCAUGGGACCUCCACUUGUGCAGGUGGUGCCUGAGAACAUUCCUGUUAAUGUGCCACGUUUCACCAAUGAGAUCCAGAGGGACAACACCAGAGGGUUUGCCCGAGAGAGGGGCUCUCGCUCUGGGCCGUCACCUACAAGUGGCACCCUGGAGGUUCAGAAACCCCCACAGAGAAACUUCAGUGCUGAAGGCCCAUUCAGAGACUGUCUCGAGGCGCAGGAAGCUGGCCACAGCACCAGCGGCAUGUACCUGAUCAGACCAGACGAAUCAGAGAGGCCUGUGCAGGUCUGGUGUGAACAGGAUAUAGACAACGGGGGCUGGACCGUUAUCCAGAGCAGGAGAGACGGGUCGGUUAACUUCUUCAGGAACUGGGAUAACUACAAGAGCGGCUUUGGCAACAUAGACGGGGAAUACUGGCUCGGUCUGGAAGGCAUCUACAACCUUGGGAGGCAGGGGGACUACAAGCUGCUGGUGGAGCUGGAAGACUGGAUGGGCAAGAAGGUCUACGCUCAGUACAGCAGCUUUCAUCUAGAGCCUGAGAGUGAGGGUUACCGCCUGCGGCUGGGCACCUACCAGGGCAAUGCCGGAGACUCCCUGAGCAGUCACAACGGCAAACAGUUCACUACUUUGGAUCGAGACAAGGACGCCUUCUCAGGUAACUGUGCCCAUUUCCAUAAAGGAGGCUGGUGGUACAACUCUUGUGGCCAAGCCAAUCUUAACGGUGUCUGGUACACCGGAGGCGUCUACCGCAGCAAAUUCCAAGAUGGGAUUUUCUGGGCCGACUAUGGCGGAGGCUUCUACUCUAUGAAGUCUGUCCGUAUGCUGAUCAGGCCCAUAGACUGAGGAGAUACUGUAAGCCAGGCUGGUCAAGGGGCAGCAAUGGAGGCCAGGGCAAACUUGAACCUAAUUCUAAACCUUGUAACUGUAUACGUCAUCAGCAACUGGUUGAACACACAUAAAAGAACUACACCAAUGGAGACUACCAACCAUCAAUAGUGACUUGAAAUGCCUCCUCUAACAGACAUUGACUCUACGUGGACAUUGUUGUCUUUAUAUCAUAAUAGAUGCACACAUAGAAGGAUUUAAGGGACACGACUAUUUAUAGUAAGCCAUACAGCUCCACCAAAUACAUAUGAUGGUGAAGGGAAAUUAAGUAUCACUGCCAAAAUUUUGCAGCUAAAUAAUGCAAGCUGUCUUUCUGAUUAAGAGAACGCAGUGUUCUCCUCAUUACUAGGUCGCCCCGUGGAGAGGAGGCACCACAUCCUAACAACACUUCAUUGGAAUUGAUUUCAUUCAUAAGCUUUAGUGUCACAAGAUCUAAAUGCAGCUCUUCCUACCUCGCCAAGAUAAACAUGUGGGGGGAAACACUCGUUCAUGGUGUUUAACUUGUGUUAUAUUUGCUGGGAGCUGGAAGAUAAAUUUCAUUAAUACCUAUAUAGAUUUAUUUAGACUCCGUAUCAACUUCUGCAAUCUGAAAAGACCAACAUCUUUAGGAAUUGGAGAAAGGAAGGCGGUUUUAUGUACAUUUGAAUACACGAAAACAAUACUGAGUUUAUUAUUUCUCUCUACACUUAAAAUGACCUUUAUACUGUAUGUUAAACUGCUUUGUCCAGGUGCAAAUUACCAGAAAUGAUAAUUUAUGUGUAUAAUUAACUUAUCAUAACAGUGAAAAGGGCCAGGUGUCCUGAGGGAACAGUAAAUGAUCGUACAGAAAAUAGAACUAAUUUCCUCCACUGUAUAUACGACAAUCAUUCUAGUGUGCUUGCACAUAUGGAAAUUGCUGUGAUAUGUUUUUCUCAUUUGGCUGUUGAUUAAAUUUCAGUAUGACUCUGGGAAAAAAAACAAGUAUUGUUUGGAGAAAAAAAAGAUGGAAUUACGUUGUGUUUUGAGUGGUUUUCAAGCACGAAAAAUAUGCCGACCAAGCGUGUUGAGCGUUAAAGGCAAUGGGACAGACAACGAGAAACACAUUGCUGAAAGCCAGACAGGAUGGAGGAAGAAAAAGAGAGGAGAG